CUUCAGUCGGGUUCGGACCGCGACUCACGAAAAGCGCCGUGUCUAGCGUGCACGGUGACGCACUGAAGGUGAGGGAGGGGGAAAAAAAAAGCACGCGAACGAGCCAAGAGAGGAGGAAAAAAAAAUGUCCGAACCCAAGUACCGGGAGUGGAUCCUGGACACUAUCGACUCACUGCGGUCGCGAAAAGCCCGGCCGGACUUGGAGAGGAUUUGCAGAAUGGUGCGGAGACGCCACGGGUCCGAUCCCGACCGAACCUGCGCAGAACUGGAGAAACUAAUCCAGGAGCAGACCGUGCUCAAAGUUAACUACAAAGGCUCCAUUUCUUACCGGAACGCCGCUAAGGUUCAGCGGAGGAGCCGCAAAAAAUCCUUCGAGACGUUAACGGCGGCUGCGACGAGGCGCGCGCUGGAAGAAGCGAGUCAUUCUGACUUGAGCAACGGGGACAGCGCACUCGGUGCCGCCGACCAGGACGAGGACACGGAGGACAUGGAGGCUGACACCUCUGUGGCUAUGGACACAGACAGUAAUGCAGAUGAGGAGGGGGCCGAGGAGAGUCGGGAUGGGCAGCGCGGGCCCUCUCCUGUCCACACAUAUGAGGAUGCUGCCGUGCACUGCUCCUCUGCCCCCUGUUCUCCCUCUGGUUCCCAGCCGGGCCCCAGCCCUGGCUCAGGCCUGGACUGUGUCUCUUUGCAGAAGGCCGGUGAGAGGCCCAGCUCCUUGCCCCUCUGCAGCCCCACGGUCCACAUACACAAUGACUGGGCUUAUGAUUCGACUCUGUGCCCAGCCGAGCGCCAGCACCCAGGAAUGCAGGGAGACAAAGGUGCAGCCGUGGAGUUAGCGGGUCAGUGUGUAACCACCAGCCCAUCUUCAAACAACGUGAAGAAAGAAGAUGGAAUAAAAGCAGAUGACGGGGACCUUUCUUCUGACCAACUGGUACCUGACUCUGGCCCGAGACUGGAUGAAACCAGGAGUACAAGUGAUGGGCGAUCAGAGGCUCCAUCUUUGCCGUCUGACCACUGUACACUGAAGGAGAAGAUUGAUGUGUUAUCAUUUGCAACAACAGAAAAUGGCCUUCUAAAUGGCGUCAAAACCGAUGAAGUUUGUGUGAAAAAAGAGAUGAGCCAGAACUUGUUGCAGUGGACCGUGGCGGAUGUGGCCAGUUACUUUUCUGCUGCAGGCUUUCCAGAGCAGGCGGCGGCCUUCAGAACACAGGAAAUUGAUGGGAAGUCCCUUCUCCUGAUGCAGCGCAGUGACGUGUUGACCGGUUUAUCCAUCCGCCUUGGCCCCGCUCUCAAAAUCUACGAGCGCCACGUAAAGGUGCUGCAGCAGACCCACUUCCUUGAAUGUGACGACCUCUGAGGUGGUGACUCAACCAUCGGACCUCACACAGACAUACAAUGCUGCAUGCAUUACCCUCUCCAUUCUCUAUUCCGCCACACCUCUUCACAUAUGUGUUCGAGGGUGUGUGUGCACGUGUGUGUUUGUGUGUGAGAGACAGAGAAUGACCAGAGACGCAAAAAGACGGUCAUCCCCCUUUCGUUGCGGAUCUCAAAUGGUUUUCAUUUCACCCAUUUGACCAUAUGCAUUGUUAAGGGAACAGACUGGUGCAGUCUGGUUCAGUGUUUUGAAGCAGUGAAGCGUGGUUCAUGGAGCCAUUGAUUGGGAGGUGACCUCGCAACAAGCAGACCACCUGCAGGCCUACAAAGCCAAAACUGCACAAUGCUGUGACAAAUACAUGUCCCCAUAAAGGAACAACAUAUAUCCUCUGAUGGUACUGCAGGUAAUGUUUGUCCAUGAACUGUAAAUGUCACAAACAUAUCAGCAGAUCUGAUGCACAUUUUCCUUUUCUCAUGCAAUGAGCUGGAUGGAUGUUCACAGUGCUGGGAAGCUGGACUGUCUUCGGAUCAGUGGUCAGAGACUGAUUCCUUGUGAUCGUUGCGUUUGCAUCAUCACUGUCUUUGCAGGAUGUAGAUAGAACUGAUACAGCGCUACCUGCUGGCAAUGCGUUGCAUCUUUUUUUCUACCUUGGAUACAAAAUGAUUGCGGGCCGGUUCAACGUGGCUGCUCUGUGGGGAACAAACGCUGACAGGCACGAUGAAGAAUGAUGUAGCUUAAAGGCACAAACACGCUUCGGUUUCACUACGCAGUGCAACACAAGGUACGUGUGUUACAUGUUUUGUUAAGAGGUGGGGCAGAUUAGCGCUGAACCAUCAGGUUAAAAA